AUGGAGGCCGCCGCGGCGAAGCUCAUGGAUUUCUCCCAGCCGAUGGACGUGGCUCUGCUGGAUCAGGUGGUUACCACGGCCUUCGACGCGAGCCAUCCGCAGCGCAACGAUGCGAACAUUCUCCUCAUGAGGAUGAAGGAGAGCCCGGAUAUGUGGCAGCAGGCGGGGACCAUACUCGAGCAGUCCCAGAGCCAGCACACUCGGUUCAUCGGUCUUCAGAUCUUGGACGGGGCAAUCCAGACGAGAUGGAGAAUCCUGCCGCAGGACCAGCGCGACGGCAUCAAGACCUACGUUGUGGGCAAGAUCAUACAGCUUUCUCAGACGGAGGAGUCGUUGCGGCAGGAGCGGAUAUUCAUCAACAAAAUCAAUCUGGUUCUCGUGGCGAUCCUGAAGCAGGAGUGGCCGCACAACUGGCCAUCUUUCAUCUCGGACAUUUGCGAAGCAAGCAAGACGAACGAGGUGCUCUGCGAGAACAACAUGCAGAUCCUGAAGCUGCUUAGCGAGGAGGUGUUCGACUUCAGCAAGGA